AUGGGAAAGUUCAACUGCGGCAGAUGCCAGAAAGAGACCUCCAAGCUCAUCGGAAAGCCUGACUUCUGCAAAACAUGUGGCAACUACAACCCCGAGGUCAGCAGAUCCUCAAUCUCAUCAAGCGACGAGGAGGAAAGAGAAAAGAUUGAGGAGGCAUUCAUCUCGGCCCACCCUAACAUCGAGAAGUUGCACAAGCGACGUCUACGCAUGAAGAAGUAG